CGGGUAACAGGCGGGGCCAUUAACCCAUUGAAAAAAUGGAGGAUGGUCGAGAAAAGUCUCUUCUCGAAGAGAUGCGAAGUUUCCGUCGUUCCUUUAGUCAUCUCUUCGUGAUCGCAUGGUGUUUGGAUUUCUUCAUCUUAUACGCCAACAGUCUCCAUGAGGAUGUACGAGGAAAUUCCACGGAAGUCGAGAUCUCUCCGAGAAUGCUAUCGCGACAAAAGAGAUACCUGAUCUUUCCCGAAGGUAGCAACUUACAGUUAGUAUACUGCCUGACUAUCGGAGCGUAUGGCAGAAACGAUGAUUUGGUGAUGGGUCUGACAGCAGCGUUGGCUUGGGAACUUCCGAGUAAAGUCGACUCCAAGAUAUCGGAUUUACUUCACCGUAGAAGCCGAAGUGUCAUGUUCCCGAAGGUUGAAGCUUUCUUGCAGUCCACUGGUAUCGACGGAAGAUCCUGUGUAAUGAAGGCCCUGUGUGAAGCUGGUCAGAGGCAUCCAUCUCAAAUCGGCAAAGGAACCUUUGUUCAAGAGCUCCUGCAUGCCAUUUUUACAUUACCAAGAGACGGCGGGAGAUUCGAAUGUUCGGAGGAUCGACCUUAUGAGAGAGCAUAUCAGAACGGUGGAAACUGCGAGAAACUUUAUCCAACGUGCCGAUACUCCAUUUACAGUGUGGAUCUUUGAGAUCGAAGGAGGCGAGGCGAAAGCUUCGUUCGCGCGAGAAGAACGUAAGAAACGUGUGCGAUGCUCGUAGGAAAAGCUCAUACGAAAACCUCGCGCUCGACCGCUCCUCGAAUCCGAUGGAAAACUUUCUACCAACUAGAGAUGUUACUGAAGUUUUUCUGGCUGCAGUCCAAUCGACUCGUUGAUGGGAAAAGGAUAAUGCUUUGCCUUCCGUCAAAAUCAUUCUGACUUUCAUUGUCGAC